AUGAUAAGUGGAUUUGGUAAUUGGUCUAUUUCGAUUCUGAUAAGUGCACUUGACAUGGAAUUUCCACGAUUAAAUAAUAUUUCAUUCUACUGGUUGUUGCCACCAAGUCUCUUACACCUAUUAAGCUCAGCCUUAGUGGAAGUGGGUAGUGGCACUGGGUGGACGGUCUAUCCACCCUUAAGUGGUAUUACCAGCCAUUCUAGAGGAGCAGUUGAUUCAGUAAUUUCUAGUGUUCAUCUAUAUGGUGUUUCAUCCAUUUUAGAUUCUAUCAAUUUUAUAACAACUUUCUCCAACAUGCAUGGACCUGGAAUGACUAUGCAUAGAUCACCCCUAUUUGUGGGGUCUGUUGUCACUUUGUAUAGGGCUGUGCCCCCUAAGAAAAAAGCCCUUUAG